AUGUAUCUCACAGUGCUUGAUGAAUCCAUGGGUUACGUUUUUGGUCAACACGACGACAUAGGCAAGAAAGAACAUGCUAUCUACUAUCUCAACAAGAAAUUCACUAAAUGUGAGACUCAAUACUCACUUUUAGAGAAGACUUGUUAUGCUUUGACUUGGGCUGCUCGGCGCCUGAGACAAUAUAUGAUAUGUCACACUACUUUAUUAAUAUCCAAGAUGGAUCCGAUAAAGUAUAUAUUCGAAAAGCCUGCUGUUACUGGUAAAAUUGCCCGGUGGCAAAUGCUGCUAACCGAGUAUGAUAUACCAUACGUGACCCAAAAAGUAAUAAAAGGGAGUGUUUUGUCUGACUAUCUCUCUCACUUGCCUGUCGAAGGUUACCAACCGUUAAGGUUUGACUUUCCAGAUGAAGACAUUAUGUUUAUCAGAGGCUUUACUAUGCCCGGCUUCGAGGUAAGCCCUAAGGAAGGCCCCGAACCAGGAUCGCGAUGGACGCUCAUGUUCGACGGUGCUUCCAAUGCCCGAGGUCAUGGUAUAGGUGUUGUUAUCACUUCUCCAACUGGUUUCCACAUUCCCUUUACCACUAGAUUGUGUUUUGACUGCACCAACAACGUGGCAGAAUAUGAAGCAUGUGUCUAUGGUUUAGAGGCGCAAUCGACUUGA